UUCCCCGGGACGGUUUUGAUGUCACUCUAGUGUCUGCACUUUGCCAGUGCUAUCCGCUUCUUUGUAGUAAAGUUUUAUCAUUAUAAAGUGUUCUUCUCUACCUCAGCUGCUACGAGAUGGCGGGAAACUUUUGGCAAAGUUCUCAUUAUCUGCAGUGGGUUCUGGACAAACAGGACCUGAUGAAAGAGCGCCAGAAGGAUCUGAAGUUUCUCUCAGAAGAGGAGUACUGGAAGCUGCAGAUUUUCUUUGCAAAUGUGAUCCAGGCUUUGGGGGAACACCUGAAGCUGCGACAGCAGGUCAUUGCUACGGCAACUGUUUACUUCAAACGCUUCUAUGCCAGGUAUUCCCUGAAAAGUAUAGAUCCAGUGCUCAUGGCUCCUACCUGUGUCUUCCUGGCUUCUAAAGUUGAGGAAUUUGGAGUUGUAUCCAAUACCAGGCUGAUCUCGGCAGCAACAUCUGUGUUGAAAACAAGAUUUUCCUAUGCCUUUCCAAAGGAGUUCCCUUACAGAAUGAAUCAUAUAUUAGAAUGUGAGUUCUACCUUCUGGAGUUGAUGGACUGCUGCCUGAUAGUGUACCACCCCUACAGACCACUGUUGCAGUAUGUGCAGGAUAUGGGACAGGAAGACAUGCUGCUGCCCCUGGCCUGGCGAAUAGUGAAUGACACAUACAGGACGGAUCUGUGUCUGCUCUACCCUCCCUUCAUGAUUGCCUUGGCCUGUCUGCAUGUUGCCUGUGUGGUACAGCAGAAAGAUGCCCGGCAGUGGUUUGCAGAGCUCUCGGUUGACAUGGAUAAAAUCCUGGAGAUCAUCCGUGUCAUUCUGAAGCUCUAUGACCAGUGGAAAAACUUUGAUGACAGAAAGGAGAUCGCUGCCGUUCUCAACAAGAUGCCGAAGCCCAAACCUCCUCCUAACAGUGAAAGUGACCAGAGCUCCAAUGGAAACCAAAGCAACUCCUACAGCCAGUCCUAGCGUGGCGUCUAUAUUUCCGUGGGAAUCCAUAUUUUUGAUUUUAAAACGUCACAUAGCACAACCUUUUGAGACAUUAGCUGGGGG